GUCUUUUGCGAAUUGCAGUGAAUUUCCACUCGGCACACACAGGUGCAUUCUACGUUUCCCCAGUUGCUCCGCGCCUCCAAUCUGACACGGCCGAGGGCUUUGCGGGGCUCCUGCUGAUACAAAGCGGGAAGCGCCGCGGCACAUCCGCACGGCCCCCCUCUGCCAGCCGCAGAACCCUGACUUGCUCCGUGCCCGUGGGCAGGACGCCGUGCUCUGCAGCAGCCCACCACAGCUCUCUGCGAGCUCCCACCACUAUGGGGCUCUAUGGGGUCUUAUGGGGCUCUGUGGCAAAGCUUUUCCUCGGGGCUUUCCUCCAGAAGAAGCAGUGGGCAGAGACUUACUGAGACAGCAAACUCUUUGGAGGCACUGCUGACUUGCCCAGAGGGAGAAACUGCGUUGGAGAUGUGCCAGGUGGAGAUGUGCCAGGUGAAAGCCAUGGGCUGGAGAUGCUGAUUCUGAAGGUGCUUGUGCUGGAGCUUGAAUUUCAGCCUGCACAUAGCUGGCUGUGGUGGUUGGUGAUGCUCACAGCAUCACAUCAGGGUGUGAAGGCCUUGCAUAGGAGCUGAGGAGGCAUGAGAAGGUCGGUACCCUCCAGUUCCUGGGAGGUCCCAAAAGUCCUUGGGCAACGGAGGGGGAGACAGUGGCUGUGGGGGGCUGGGACAGCAGACUUUGCCUGAGCUCAGGAUUGGAGUAGCUCAGUUCCCAAUGAGAGCGCAUCACAUCCAUUCCUACUGUCCUGCUUUCUUUCUAAAGGAACUGACCAAGAAACUGAGCAGGAUGCAGAAGGCUCUAGGGUGCUCUGAGAUGUCGCUUGGUCCCCCUGCAGCAUGCAUGACUGCUCUGGGGCGUGUCUGGAUAUCUGCAGAGCAAACUGUGGGGCCCUGAGAAACCUCUGUGGCACAUUAGGGAGCACUGGAAGCCGGAGGUCAACAGGGGAGUCCUUGGAGACCCCUUGGUAAGACUCCAUGGGCCCUGGAGUGUAGGAGCAGCUCGGGCUGGUCACACUUGCUUGGCUGGGAGCUGAUUGGCUGGGAGGUGAUUCCCUUUUUUUGAUUAAUUUAAUUACCGGAUGAUAAUUAAAUAACACUAUUCAACAUUCGUUAAAGAUACUUUUUUCCCAAAGUUCUGUCACGCAGCUGUUUCAGCUUUGCUAAAAUAUGCUGAGUUUAUUCAAAAUUCCACUGAUGCUCCUACAGCACUCAGAGUGCGUUUGGGGGCAGUGAUAAAACGGCUCUGACAGAUUCGUCAUUAACGUGCUUAUGCGGCAAUCCGGGCCUCCUUGGGCUGCGUAAAUUCAGUUUCACCACCGCGUUCCAUCUCCCUUCGGCGCGGCAGUGGAGCCGGAGACCCACUCAACAUGGCGCCGCCGUGGCACCGCUCUGCAUCCCGUUCCUACCUUCCUCCCAUCAUGCAAUGCACGACAACAGCCGUUCCGGUUUCGGCGCUGCGGUGAUUGGUCCAUCCUCUCCCCUGACCGGAAGUGGGCGUUCCGACAGCGAAGUUCGAACGCGAGCUGCCGGCCGGGCCGCGCUCUGUGCAGCUGCCGGCUGCCCCGCUCUCUUUCGGCCCGUCGGAGCGCGAAUCCGGUGCUUGGAGGAUCUCAAGGUCUUGUGGAAUUCAGGAUGUCUGCCAUCGACUACCAGGAAAUUCUCAAGCACUAUGAAUUACAUGAAACAAUUGGAACGGGUGGUUUCGCAAAGGUGAAACUCGGACGGCAUCUUCUUACUGGUGAAGAAGUUGCAACAGAAAUCAUGGACCAAGUUGCUUUAGGGGAUGACUUGCCUUGUGUUAGAACAGAAAUUGGUGCCAUGAAGAACUGAAGUCAUCAAGAUGUUUGCCAAUUGCAUCAUGUGAUAGAGACAUCAAAGAAAAUAUUCAUGGUCUUGGAGCAUUGUCCUGGAGGGAAGCUGUUUGAUUAUAUUGUUUCUAAGGACCACCUUUCAGAAGAGGAAGCUCGAGUCUUUUUUCGACAGACUGUUUCAGCAAUUGCUUAUGUUCCCAGUCAGGGUCGUGCCCACAGAGACCUCAAACCAGAAAAUCCGCUGAUUGAUGAGAAACAUGUUUCUCAUAAUUUGAAGCUGACAGACUUUGGACUCUGUGCAAAGCCAAAGGGAGGCCUUGAUGACCACCUGAACACGUGCUGUGGAAGCCCAGCAUGUGCAGCACCAGAGCUAAUCCAGGGCAAAGCCUAUAUUGCCUCAGAGGCAGAUUUUUGGAGCAUGGGUGCACUGCGGUACGCUCUGCUGUGUGGGUUUCUUCCUUUUGAUGAUGGCAGUGUGAUGGCACUCUACAGGAGGACAACAGGAGAGCGCACAACAAGCUGAGCGUGUGAAUCAAGUGACAGGGCUUUCCAGGCUGGUGUGAACUGUGUUGUGCACUGAGCCCUUGUCCCUUUGUAAUUAGGACGUUGUCCAUUUCUGCAGGACUGCAGAAAAUCCUUUGUGCUAAUCACUACUCCAAUUUGCAGAACGUGGCGAAUGGAAAAUGAUCCAACUGCUUCAGGUGUACAUUUCCUUAAAAUUGUGGGUAGUUUUGGACCGAGAGCCUGUAAGCAGAAUGGAGCUCUUAAAGCUGUCCAAGAUUGUUUCUGCCCCAUUUAGUUCUGUCUGUCUGAUGCACACAGGAGCUGAGGGCUGCAGUGCUUGAACUGGUGGAACUUGUUUAAGUGAACUGGGAUGAGCAAGUUUCAGAACUGAGUCAGAAUGCAGUAAAAAAUGGAUACUCUCACAAGUAUUAAGAUACUGGCUUGCUAUUUCUGCACUGAAUUUGUUUUAAUUUUAUGUGGCUGUGAUCUGAAAAUGCUUGAAAUGCAGACACCGAGGCAUUGCUGUGUAAUUGACUGUCACACGUUACAGAUCCUGAGAUAUCCUGGAAUCUAAAACUCAGAAUUGGUUUAAGUCUACUGCUUGAAUCCAAUCAGGAUCACAGCAUCUGUGUUCAGUGUUCUUUUCCCUGCAAUGCUCCACAUCACUUCAUUUUGGAAAGGAAAUUGACUAUGUGCCAUAACUGCUGUUAGAACAAAGUAUUUCUGGUGUGCUGUUGGGCAUUUUGUAGCUCUUGUGAGCAGUUUCCCUUCCAGCAUUGCCCUCAGCCAAGCACGUGUUGAUUUUUACCAUUAAAUUUAUUCCAGCUGUUCUUAAAGCAGAGUUUGUAAUCUCUGUUCCUACGCUUUGAAAGAAAAGAGAUGUCAAUAUCAUCCAAAUGAUUUAGUAGCUCCUUUUGAGCUAGUUGUUCAAGGUUCAUUCUCAAUCCUCUCUUAUUUUAG